CAAACUAAACAAAUAAUAAUUCCAUAGAAUUGUUCUCGUUUUAAAGAAUGUUAAAUAACAACUGAACGACAAAGUGUUAAACUACUGUCAGAAUGUCGUUACCCGUCGAAGUGCCCGGAGAAAAGAUCCCGAGUGUGGAACCAUGCAAGUGCAACAAACAAUGCGGCUCCGAGCUCAAGAAAACAGAAACGAAAUUGAGCAAAAGACUGAAACAAUUCCUCAAAGAGUCCUGGGCUUUUAGGUCGAAAGUUACAGUGGAACCUUUUGUUAUUUGUUACAUGUUGCCUAGUGUACUCGCCGGGUUGGCUGUCCAGAAUCUGUGUUUAGAGAAAUCAUGUCUAGUAAAUCUGCAAUACGACGAGCAAACCUGCACCCAUAUAAUGCAGGGUCGCACGCACAAUUAUUCGGAACAAGAGAAAAAUGUACAAACAAUGGUUGCCUCGAUGACCGCCUGGAGCUUCCCAUUACAGACAGCUAUGUCAGGAAUUAUAACACUCUUCUUAGGAGCAUGGAGCGAUCGAAUCGGCAAUCGGAAAACUUUUAUGGUGCUACCUAUUCUAGGGAAAUUAAUAUCAACCAUCGGCCUAAUUCUGAGCACGGUGUUCUUCCUACAAGUUGGAAUGAACGAAACCGCGCUGAUUGACGGGCUGCCGCCUGCACUAGCUGGUGGCCGCGUUGCUAUGACCAUGAUCGUCUACAGUUACAUCACCGACAUCACAACUGAUUCAGAAAGGACUUUCCGUUUAGGGAUUAUAACGGCCAUAUUAAAUCUUAGCAGGCCUAUAGGGAAGGCGCUCAGUGGUAUAACGGCACGAGAGUUCGGAUAUUACGGUGUUUUUAUGAUAGCGUGUGUGUUCUAUUUGUUUGGAUUUGUUUACAUCAUUUUAAAACUUAAAGAGAAACCGAAAAAAACAAAAGAAGUAGAGAGCGACAAGACGCCGAGUAUUCUCUCGGUGCUUUCCGUGAAGGACUUUGUGGCGACAGUGAAUGUGGCGUUCAAAGUGCGCGAAGGUUCACGCAGAGUACAAAUUAUCCUAAUCAUGUGUGCAUACAUGUUCAUCGUUGGACCCGUAUUAGGUGAGGUGCAGAUGACGUACUGGUUUACUCGGUACAAGUUCAAAUUCACCGAGGUGGACUACAGUUUAUACCUCACUUACUCCGCCCUUGUCGACAGUGUUGGUUCCUUCAUAACAAUAUAUUUGUUCUGCAAAAGAUGGAACAUGGAUGACAGCAUCAUCGGUGUGAUCGCCUGCCUGAGUAGGAUUGCGGCCAGUGUGCUGUAUGCCAUGGCUCCCAACAGGACCAUAUAUUUCCUGGGCCCGGUGCUGGACAUGUUCAGCUCUGCUGGUGCCACCUCUCUCCGAUCAAUUGCUACUAAGUUGGUGAAUGCUGAUGAAGUCGGCAAGACAAGCUCUCUAAUAAGUAUAUCUGAGGCGUUGAUACCGGUGAUCUAUUCCCCGAUAUACAGCAAGGUGUACCUCUUAACCCUGUCCACGAUGCCUGGUGCCUUCUACUUCAUCAGUGCAUUACUCGCCAUUCCUGCCAUAGCGAUAUAUUUGUAAGUAUUAAUAUUAUACCUCUUACU